CAGUUGUUACUUAGCUCUGCCGCCGUCGCCACUGUCUUCUCCGAUCUCUCUUCUCCCAGUUUUACAGAAGCACCCAUUUUCAGUUUUCCGUUUUAAUGGCGGAUAAAUGUCUCUUUCUCUGAAAAAGCUUGCGAAUUCCUCGAUUCUGGUUCAGCAAUACAAGGAGUCUCGUCUUUGUUCGAGUUUGUGCCAUGGCAGACUCUACACUACCACGGAGCUAUUCUCUCUGGAUCAAGGACGGCGACUACGAGAGAGAGGAAGUGAAGGAGAGCAAGAAUUCUUUCUGUGUGGUAGGUCUGUGCCCUUGUCUCGUUUGCUUCAUUCUUGUGGUUAUUAUAGUUUCCAUAAUUCUAGCUGUCAAGUUCCAUGUUUUUUGCCACACCCCUCUGGGGUCUCUAAUCUACAAGAAAAAAUGCCAGUGAUUCUUCCAUAUUCGAGAAUUUCUUUACUGCCCAAUCAUAGCUUACAAGGGAAUGUCUGGAAUUUGAGUUUUAGGGGCUUUUGUAGUGGUACUGAUUGUGAUAUGGAGUCUGAUUCCGAAAAUGGUAAUGAAUCUGAUGAUGUUAAUGAUGGUGAGGAAAAUGUAGUAGGUAGUGUUGAGUCAGGUGCGGAUCCAAACGAAGUUGAGAGGGUAUGCAAGGUGAUUGAUGAAUUGUUUACACUGGAUCGGAAUAUGGAGGCAGUUUUAGAUGAAUGUGAUAUUGCUCUAUCACAUGAUCUGGUUAUAGAUGUAUUGGAACGAUUCAAACAUGCUAGGAAACCGGCAGUUAGGUUCUUCUGUUGGGCAGGACAGAAGCCAGGGUUUGCUCAUGAUUCAAGGACUUAUAAUGCCAUGAUGGGUGUUUUAGCAAGGACCAGACAAUUUGAGAGUAUGGUGGCGAUGCUUGAAGAAAUGGGCACAAAGGGGCUUUUGACAAAGGAAACAUUUGUGAUUGCUAUUAAAGCAUUUGCAGCCGCAAAGGAGAGGAAGAAAGCUGUUGCAAUUUUUGAGUUGAUGAAGAAGUAUAAAUAUACUGUGGGUGCUGAGACCAUUAACUUCUUGCUUGACAGUCUUGGGAAGGCUAAGCUAGGGAAAGAAGCACAAGCACUUUUUGAUAAGUUGAAAGGGAGAUUUACGCCAAAUUUAGGUACUUAUACUGUAUUGAUUAAUGGUUGGUGCAAGGUAAAGAAUUUGGUUGAAGCAGGGAGACUGUGGAAUGAGAUGAUUGAUGUGGGAAUUAAGCCCGAUAUUGUUGCACAUAAUAUCAUGCUUGAAGGGCUGUUGAAGACUAAGAAGAGAUCUGAGGCAAUAAAGUUGUUUACUGUUAUGAAGUCAAAGGGGCCUUUGCCUACUGUCCAGAGUUAUACAAUUAUGAUUCGGGAUUUUUGCAAGCAGUCAAAGAUGAACGAUGCAGUUGAGUAUUUUGAUGAGAUGCUGGGUGCUGGAUGCCAACCAGAUAAUGCGGUCUACACUUGUUUAAUCACAGGGUUUGGGAAUCAGAAAAGGAUGGAUAUGGUCUAUGCAUCAUUGAAAGAGAUGAAAGAAAAGGGUUGCCCACCUGAUGGGUGCACCUAUAAUGCCCUCAUUAAGUUGUUGGCAAAUCAGCGGAUGCCAGAUGAUGCAGCGAGGGUGUACAAGAAGAUGAUUCACAGCGGAAUUCAACCAACAGUUCACACUUUUAACAUGAUGAUGAAAUCUUUCUUCCAGGACAGAAACUAUGAGAUGGGCUAUGCAAUUUGGGAAGAGAUGAGUAAAAAGGGCAUUUGCCCUGAUGACAAUUCCUACACUGUUUUCAUAGGAGGGUUGAUCCGUCUAGGGAGAUCAGGAGAUGCUUGUAAAUAUUUAGAGGAAAUGCUCGAGAAAGGAAUGAAAGCUCCGCAGCUUGACUACAACAAGUUUGUUGCUGAUUUUGCUCGAGCUGGGAAAGCCGACAUACUUGAGGAAUUAGCUCAAAAGAUGAAGUUCUCUGGAAAGUUUGAAGUCUCCAAUGUCUUUGCAAGAUGGGCUGAGAUGAUGAAGAAACGGGUAAAGCGAAGAGGUCCUUUUAAAGUUGAUGGUCAGUGUACCUGACUUCUCCCACAAAUGACUGGCAUUGGUUUAUACUGUAUAUUUUUCCAGUAAUAUUGCAUUUGCAUCCUGUAUUUUGAUUAUCACUUGUUUCUUUGGUUCAAAGUUGUGUUCUAGAAAUGUAUCCUUACUGUGCUAUAUAUAGUUUGGUUGGAAUGUAUCAAACAUGAAUCUCAUCCUAUCAUAAAAAUCAAAAACCUCCCAAAAA